AUGGCGUGUGGGCCAGAAGUCUGUGGGGCCCUCAAUGUCACUGUGUCCCCAGGGCCUGUGGUUGACUACCUGGAGGGGGAAAAUGCCACUCUUCUCUGCCACGUCUCGCAGAAGAGGCGGAAGGACAGCUUGCUGGCCGUGCGCUGGUUCUUCGCGCGCCCGGACUCCCAGGAGGCCUUGAUGGUGAAGAUGACCAAGCUCCGGGUGGUACAGUACUACGGGAAUUACAGCCGCAGCGCCUACAGGCAGAGGCUGCGCCUCCUUGAGGAGAGGCGUGGGGCGCUCUACACACUCUCUGUUUUGACCCUCCGGCCAGCGGAUCAAGGGCAUUACGUCUGCAAAGUCCAGGAAAUUAGCAAGCACAGGAAUAAGUGGACAGCCUGGUCCAAUGGCUCCUCAGCAACAGAAAUGAGAGUGAUUUCCCUCAAAGCUUCUGAAGAUUCAUCCCUUGAGAAAAAGAAAGAGACCUGGGCAGUUUUUGAAGAUCUCUACGUGUAUGCAGUGCUCGUGUGCUGUGUGGGCAUUCUCAGUGUUCUGCUGUUCACCCUCACCAUCAUCUGGCAGUCUGUGUUUAACAAGAGGAAAUCCAGAGUGAGACAUUAUUUGGUGAAAUGCCCUCAGAACAGUUCAGGAGAGACCGUCACCAGCGUGACCAGCUUGGCCCCAUUGCAGCCCAAGAAGGGCAAGAGGCGGAAGGAGAAGGCUGACAUUCCUCCUGCAGUCCCUGCCAAAGCUCCCAUAGCCGCCACAUUCCAUAAACCGAAGCUGCUGAAGCCGCAAAGGAAAGUCACCCUGCCGAAGAUUGCUGAGGAAAACUUGACCUAUGCCGAGCUGGAGCUGAUCAAACCCCACCAGGCUGCCAAAGGCGUCCCCACCAGCACUGUCUAUGCCCAGAUCCUCUUUGAGGAGAACAAACUGUAAUGCUGCGCCCUCUUCCGCGGUCCUAUUUAAUACCUGUCACCCCAGUUAUUUAUGAAACCUUGGAAACAAAGUCCUUAUUUUUGUAUUUUCACUUGUACCUUCUAUGUGGUGGGGAGCCCCUUUGCUACGGCAUUCCAGGUGCCUUCAGAGAGGUACGAGGCUCCUCUCCACAAAGAGUAGGGGCCACACCCUUGGACAAAUCUCCCAGGACAAGAUUUUUCUGGGUCUGCGCCCUGAGGGGUGAGGACUCUGAUUCUGAGAGCACCUAAGGAGAUUUUCUGCUGAGCCAAACCCCUUCACAUUCUUCUUUCUCUGGGUUUUUAUAUUUUUCGAAUCUUUUUUAAAUCUUGAUUUUAAUCUUCUAUUCCUCCUGUAUCCGUGAUAUCAAGCUCAUAGUAUAUAGCUAGAGGAAAUGCCAUUAUAGGCCAAAGUGUGAGCUGGUAGAUAUGUAAUAAUUGGUUUUCAAAGAAUCAGGCAACAUUGCUGGGGCACCCAGAGCACAGCAAACUGCUUAUUGCAAGCAGUCAUUUAAGAUAGUGUCUCUUAUUUUAAAUAGUGCACCAACUCUGGUGAUUUAAGGGCAGAGUCCAAGUUGUGGGGAAGUCUGAGGUCUAAGCUGACAGUGAGCUGUCUCUGAAUCCCCUGGUACCUGUUUCCCUACCCAUGGCCACCCAGGGGUGCAGAACAAGUAAAACAUCAUUCUAAACGGCCUCCACCCCUUGAACGUGAGUAUCUAUACUGGUAUAGAACUUAUAUUCUCCAAGAAGUUCUCACGCACCUUUUUCCAAAGGAGCAGGAGAGUUUGCCAUCAUUUGACACACUGGAGAAAGCAGACCUCUUGGAAGUGU